AUGGUUUUUGAGAGAUUGGCACAUGCUUCUCUAACCCUGAACCUUGCUAAUUGUGAGGUGGGAAAAGCCAUAGUGACCUACUUGGGGAAGAAGGUGGGCCAUGGUUUUGUGAAGCCAGUGGAAGCUAAAAUCGAGGCCAUUCUAAACUUUCCCAAACCCUGUAACAAACGUGAACUUCGUAGGUUUCUGGGCAUGUCAGGUUACUACAGGGGGUUUUGCAAAAAUUUCUCAUCUGUUGUUACUCCCCUCACAGACCUACUAAGCACAUCAAGAGUUAAGUGGAGCUAUGAAUCUGACAGAGCUUUUGAAGCCGCAAAAGAUCUCUUGUGUAAUGCUCCUGUGCUGAUUGCCCCUAACUUUGACCUACAAUUUAAACUGCAGGUGGAUGCUAGCACCUCUGGUGCUGGAGCAUUUCUGAUUCAAGAGGAUGCUCACGGAAUCGAGCAUCCUGUGUCCUACUUCUCCAGAAAGUUCCUGAAGCAUCAGCAAGCUAAUCAUCGAAAAAGAAGCCCUGGCCUUACUAUGGGCACUGCAGCAUUUUGA